CUGCUAUUUUUCUCUUCUCAUUCUCAUAUCUCAUCAGUCGCGUUGCGCGUUGUCAGAAUGGGUUUGUAGUUCGUCACCGUUCUUCCAAAUUUCUCAAUUAUUAAUUUCACAUUCUGCUGCAGUGCCAGUGACUGUGGAAUAAUUCGACGCAUUAAUAAUCUACUUAACGUGUUUGUAUUCAUUCUGUAAUUCCCUCGAGAAUAGCGAUAUCGUGUAUAAAGUCAUUAAAAGGUUAGGCGCAGUCCUUGGCGAUCUGGUGAAAGUGUUCAUGUCCUUCGACCCAAUUCAUGUUCUCGUCGUCGAAUGUUCACGCUUUGAUACAUUCCAAAAUUCAUUUUCUCUUUCCCACUGAUAUUUGUGAUAUCGAGAUAUCACAAUAUAUAAGAGUGAUAACGAGAUAUACCGGGUGCGUCGAACAUGGCGAUGAACGGAGAGAAUACGGAGAAAAGUGACGUAAUCCGAGUGGGCUCUCGGAAAAGUGAGUUGGCUUUGAUACAAACUAAGCAUGUGAUACAAUGCUUAAAAAAAGAAUAUCCAAAGAAAGAGUUUGAAAUAGUAACAAUGAAUACCAAGGGAGAUAAGAUUUUGGACAAAUCUUUACCAAAGAUUGGCGAAAAGUCACUGUUCACAGAAGAGCUAGAAAUAGCUUUGGAAAAUGGUCGUGUUGAUUUUGUGGUGCAUUCCUUAAAAGACUUACCAACAACACUGCCAGCAGGAAUGGCACUAGGUGCAAUCUUAAUGCGUGAAGAUCCACGUGAUGCAGUAGUUAUGUCGACAAAAUACAAAAGUGAAACAUUAUCUUCAUUGCCAAAGGGUAGUGUCAUAGGUACUAGUUCUUUACGUAGAUCCGCGCAACUAUCUCGGAAUAUGCCUCAUUUAAAAGUACAAAAUAUUCGUGGAAACUUGAACACUAGAUUGAAAAAAUUAGAUGAUGAAAAUAGUUCCUAUGCUGCAAUAAUAUUAGCUGCUGCUGGUUUAAAGAGAUUGGGCUGGGAAGACAGAAUAAGUCAACUUCUGGAACCUGAAGAAGCUCUCUAUGCUAUUGGUCAAGGUGCAUUAGGCGUUGAAUGCCGAGAAUCAGAUUGGAAAAUACUUUCUCUUUUAGAAACAUUGUGCGAUGUAGAAACUACAUUGAGAUGUGUAUGCGAACGUUCCUUUUUAAAAACCCUUGGCGGCGGAUGUUCCGCACCAGUCGCGGUAUCUUCAUCUUUAGAAGAGAAUAAGCUAACAAUUACUGGUGCUGUAUGGUCUCUAGAUGGUCAAACUUUAGUUACUGAUACUAAUAACAGUACAUUAUAUUUACCCGACGACGAUGGCGAGCCUCCACGAAAAUGUCCAUAUCAAGAACAUCGCCUUUACUGUAGCGUUACUCCUGGCAAAGUAAGCAGUAUAAGUCUUUAUGGUGCAGAGCAGCUUGGUAAAGAAUUAGCUAAAAAACUUAUAGAGAAAAAUGCUCUUGACGUAAUGUCACAAGCUAGAAAUGAAAUCUUGGAUUCGAAAUAGUUAUAGUUUAUUUUUAGUUGGGUUAUAUUUGAUGUUUUUGAAGUUCGAGAAAUAUGUUAAUGCCAACUGACAACGAUUAUUUUCCCGAUUUUUUAUGAUUGUGUAAAUAUUCAUGAUAGAGUUCUGUUUAUAUAGAACAGAAGGUAAAAAACUAUAAUAGAUCAGAGUACAAAUUGUAUUAUAUAUACUUUUUCUGAACACUCUGCUUUAUACAUUCAUAUCAUGUAUAUUUUAUCUAUUUCCUGUUUAUAAAUCAGAAAAAGUACAAAGCAGGAUGUAACAGUCCGUUUUACCACACGUAAUUUAUAUGGCCAUGUCUCUUGAUUAAUAUUAAUAUUGAAAAAUGCUGUAAAAUAUCAUAUAUAUAAAGUUUUUGUAUUAAUAUAUUUUUGAUGAAUGUGUAUGAUAAUCAUGAGAGAAGUAUGAAAAAUAUUAUAUAUGUAUAUUUAAUUUAUUGUUAUAUUAAUAUAA